AUGAGGAAGACCAUUCUUACCGCGUUGAAAUCAUCAUGCGACGAGGAUAUUUGGCGAACCUAUCAUGAAUUUUCCAAAAUUCGAGAUGACAGUAAUUUGUCAGUUGAAGAAGCUGUUCGUGAAAACAGUUCUGGCUCACGUUCACCCUCUCCAACAAGGCAACGUCGAUCUUUAAGCGCCGGGCAUAACGAGGACAUUCGGCUGUCUCCAGAGUGCAAGCGCUGCCGAUCGCUUCCGCCCGGUUUUUCAUCGAGGAGCCUGUAG